CUCUUCAGCUCCCAAAUUCAGCUCCUCGGCCACUAGUCUCAGCGCCUCCACACGCAGUCUUUCGAACGAUUCCACACUGAAAUAAGAUUUCAGCAACUAAGUAGCUCUCCUGUCGAGGUUUACUCGCCAUUUAGUACGAAAUUCCAGCGACUAAUAUCAGAGGUGCUUUCCGGCUCCUUACUCUGGUCGUACUCCUAGUUCCUCAAUGGCGCGGAAUUCAGCAGCCUCUCUUGCGAUCUUCGCACUCUUCGCCACAGCACUUUUCGCACUAGGAGCCAAGGCAAGGUUCCUACCCAGCGGCGUUCGUCCUGCCCUCAAGCCAUCCAACGCAGCCGCAGCCCUAACAUCCAACCUCACAUCUUCCCUAAACUCCAGCCUCGCGGAUCUCGAGUCGUCGUUGCAAGGCCAAGUCGCGUCCCUCGACGCGGCUCUCAAGGGGCGCCUCGAGCAGGUCGCGGCGAGCCUCAACGGCAACGCGUCAGCCGCUGAUGCCGCCCUCCAGGCGCAGAUAUCCACGCUAAAAGCCAACCUCGCUACGCUCAACAGCACCCUCGCCGAUCUCAACGCCACACUGAAGUCAAAUCUCCUCUCAGCAGCGAAUAUCUCAGCUGCAAACAUCACUUCUGCCCUGAACGCUCACCUCAACGCUCAGAUCGCGGCGAUCAAAUCCAACAUUUCCGCCGUCAGGGCGAGCGUCGACGCGCUCAACAAGGACCUGGCGGGCAUAGUCGGCGCUGGGGUUGCUGCCAGGCCUUCUGGGGUUAUUUCCGCCAGCGUCUCCUCUGCUGCAGCGAUCCGCGCGCUGGUGAGGCAGCGGCUGUCGAGGAGAAUGGGCGCAGUGACGCAGCGGAUCGCGGGGAUCAACUCGAACGUGUCGGCCGUCACACGCGCUCUCUACAGCGUGAUCAACGGCGCUCUUAACGCGACUCUUAGCGGCGCUGCUAGCAGCACUGUCAGCGAUGCUCUCAACGCCGUUUUGAACGGCAGCCUGGCGUCGGGUGCUGCGAGCCUGCUGCCCCAGCAGGCGGGCAUGCUGCGGGGGGCGCUCACUUCGUGCAACGGACUGCAGACCCUUCAGGCUGGCGCCGCCAACGUCCAGAUCCUCAAGACUGGCUCCAGCUACAUUGUCUCCUACUACCUCUACGCAGCGGGCAUCAGCGAGGCUCCUCAGACCCAGGCCAUCUACAAGGGCAGCCCCUGCAGCAGCACCGACGCCACCGUGGCGCUGAGCCUUCCUGGCACAUGGCAGCUCAUGAGUGCUGCAUCCUGGUCCCUGGCCAAUGUUGUGAGCGUGUCGGCUGCUGACGUGGCAGAUGUGCUGGCAUCGCUCCAGGAGACCACGAAUGACAACCUGUACCUGGGGUUCUCUGGGAGUGAUGGUGUGCUUUCAGGAAGGAUGAUUGGUGGGAAGUAUUGAUGAGACUGCAAAGGGGACGAUUGGUAGGAACAUGACAAAUGCAGCAACCUUGAAAAUGGAGUAAGUAGGAAGAGGGGUUGCAUCUGUUAUGUUCCAACCAGCAUGUUUUAUGUAGAACCCUCUUUAUUGAAAAUAUAUGCAUUUUGUUUGGCCAACAGUUGGUGUGAUAGUGGAAACAUUUCUAAGAAGA